CCGCCCGGCCCAGACGACAACGAAGGGCCGAUGCUGAUCGGUGUCACGGCGCUCCUGCACGUCUUCUCGCUGUCCUUCUAUGCCGCCCGUAUCUGGACUCGCGUCAGGCCGACGGUGCGCCUGACUGUGGACGACUAUUUAAUCACGGCCGCGGUGAUCUUCGACUUGUUCAACUGGGCGUUCACGCUGGCGGGGGUAAAGUACGGCAUCGGGCGGCACAACUACUACAUCGCGCCGGACCAGGAGGUGCUGGCGGAGAAGUGGCUCGUCUUCAGCGAGCCCUUCUUCCCGUGGGCCCUGGCCUGUGCCAAGAUGAGCAUCGCGUGGAUGCUGCUGCGCAUCCAGCGCGACCGCCUCGGCUGGGCCAUCACCAUGUACGCGCUGAUGCUGGUGAGCAUCGGCGUCGCCAUCAGCGCCAACACUAUCUUCCUGACCAUGUGCAAGCCCAUCUGGGCGUUGUGGGAUCACAGCAACCCAGACGCCGUGUGCGGGGAUCCGGCCAAGGCCCAGAUCUCCAUCUACGUGUCAGCCGGCCUGACCGUCUUCACUGAUAUCGUGCUGAGCAUUGCACCAAUCACAUUCAUCAUGGCCAUCCAGCGGCCGCUGCGGGAGAAGCUCGUGCUCGCCUUCAUCAUGGGCCUCGGGCUCAUGGCUAGCGCGGCAUCCAUCUACAAAACCUUCAAGGCCAAGGACUACGGAGUGACAGGGGACACGCUCAUGGACACGGUGCAGAUCACCCUGUGGAGCAUCACCGAGGCACAGCUAGCCAUCAUCGCAGCCUGCAUCCCGACACUGAAACAGCUCUUCGAGAGGAUGCUGCGGCGCGUCGGCGUGCUCCCGAGCACCCGGCGGUCGGGGGCCGGCGACAGCGGGAGCUACCCGACGACGAUUGGCGGCGGCAGCGGGAGCUACGUCAAGCACAGCGACGGAAACGAUAACCACGUCCACCGCUACAAGAAGAGCAAGAAAAAGCACGCCCACCACCUCGACCACCAGUUGUCCUCCCUCAGCUCGACCUCGUCAUACACGGGCGGCGUGCUGGCUCCGUACGAACCCACCAAGGCCCUGCCGCCGCUCGUUACCGUCGCCGCGGUGGCAGGUGACGACAGUAACAACAAGGAUAGCGAAGCCAAGCCCGCCUCCCACGACGCCACGGCCAGGCAAGACGACGACAAGGACGAGGCCAGCAGCCUCGAGAGCACCGACAUCCCCAUCAUGAAGCCCGACGGCAGCUACUACUUCCCUGGGCGGGCCGUGACGACGAACCACCCUGCCACCAACAGCACAGAGAAGACCGCCGACGACAACCACGACAACGACGCACGCUUCCACCGCUCCGAGCACGCCCGCCGCCGCAGCAGCAGCGAGAAUAACCACGACUCCAACGCCGUGUACUUCAAGUCGGCCGUGCGUUUUUCCCCAACAACCACAACCACAACACCGUCACCAACGACAAGGCGGGGAUUCGGUGGCGCGAGGGCCGACGACAACGAUAAUACUAGGGGCAGCAUCAACUACAGCAGGGGCCUGCACCAAGGUAGCACGGGACACGGGCAAGCGCCUAUGCAGACGAGCUAUUCGUCUUCGUCCGGCGAGGAGGAUGACGAGGACGUGAUAGGAAGGGGUGCGAAGCCGCGUGUCGGGGAUGAUGUUGUUUGAUGCAUAUUCUUUUAGGAUGGGGCUAAUGAAGGAAUGAUAUUUAAUGACGGAAAAAGGGGCGGGGUAUUUUGGUAAUGUUUUUUUUCUGGGUGCCUAUUUGUGGUGGACUGGACUGGGCAAGAUUGGACUGGACUGGGCAGGAUUGGACUGGGCGGGUUGGAUUUCGGCAUUAGUGGAAAUGGGUUAGGGGAUCGCGUUUGGGAAUGGAAUGGCAAUUUUGGGGUUUUAUUUAUUUUAUUCCUUCGGAUGCGUUUUUUUCCUUUUUGACGAUUUCUUGCAUCAUUCUUAUUCUGCUUAAAAAAAAUGUAGUUGUAUCGAGUCUACAAGGAGGUGGUGCUCUCUUGCUCAAGUUGCUCCGAAGUUUUGUGCCCU